AUGAAGUCCCCUCUCCCCUUUUACGUAGUGGGCAAGGUCACCCAGUCCCCAGAUGGUUGGGAGAGAGGUCUCCGUGGGGCUUUGGCGGCCUGGGUCAGGGUGGAGGUUCUGGGCAGAGAUGCAGGGCCUGGAAGYGCUGAAGCGCUGAAGCGCUAUAAGAGGGUGCUGGUCAGCACCGUCACUAUCCAGAAGAACUACAGGGCUCACUUCUGGAGACGCGUGUUCCUUCGUCUCCGCACCGCCGCUGUCAUUCUACAGAAACACCAGCGUGGUCGGCUGUUGAGGAGGAGGAAGGAGGAGGAGACACGGAGGGUGUUGGAGGAGUUGAGGAGGAAGGAGGAGGAGACACAGAGGGUGUUGGAGAUGGAGGAGUUGAGGAGGAAGGAUGAGAGACGGAGAGUGUUGGAGCUGGAGGAGGUGAGGAGGAAGGAGGAGGAGAAACUGAGACUACGAAAGGAGCAGGAAGCAGCGAAGAGAAAGGAGGAGGAGCUUUGCAACGGACAGCAAGGAGAAGACGAGGAGAACGCUACAGCCAACAACAGGAACUCCCUGGGGAUGGAUUCUCCUGCUCCCCGUAAGGAGGUGUCCCUGUCCUACUCCCUGCCCCCCCACACCUCYGAGGAGGAGUCCCGUCAGAUGGAGGARAUCCUUCGGCUGGAGAAGGAGAUUGAGCGUCUGCAGCGCCAGAAGGAGGACGGGGUGUCCAUGUUAGGGGACGGCCUGGGAGGGAGCAGGGAGGAGCUCCGGCAGAGGAGRGACGCAGAGAUCUACCGGCUGGAGAAGGAGGCGUCUCGCGUGGCCACAGAGUUCCUGGAGCUCCUGGACUUUGGGGGUCUGGAACAGAGUUUGUCCAGCGAGGAGAACCUCCACGACCCGUCAGAGAGCACCGCUCCCCUGGCCCGGGCCGAGGAGGAGGUGGAGGAGGAGGAGGAGGAGGUGGACGAGGGCUUCCAUGCUGAGGAGGAGUGUCCCGGUAGCGGUAUCCUCCUGCCAGACUUCCAUCUCCCCGUGGAGGUUCCUCUGGACCAGGAGGUCUUCUCCACUCUCCCUCCUUCUCCUCCGGCCUUCGCUGAGAGGCUGGUAGCACAGGCCCUCUCACAGGCCCCAUGUUGCCCCCCUGUUUACUACCCCCUCACCUCUAUUGUCCCUACACACCACCCUGCUCUUCCUCUCCCUGCCCUCACCAACGGAGGUGGUAAGGCUCUCUGUCACCAACCCACCAGGAGAAUAGAGGUGGCUCCUGAGACCAACAGUGUGCCCAGAAGAGUGGACGUGGUUACCCGACAGACCCUGCGCCAGGGUCGAUGUUAUGCCAACUAGAGUGGACGUGGUACCCGACAGACCCUGCGCCAGGGUCGAUGUUAUGCCAACUAGAAUAGACAUGGUACCCGACAGAUUCCCAGAGGCUGUGCCAGUCAGGAGAGUACAGCGAGUGCCCACUGUGCCUGUCCCAGGAGCCAGGGAGGUCAGAGAGGAGGUGUCAUUCAGCAUCCUACCAGACACAGAGUCAUACUGUGACCAGGAGGAGUUUGAGGAGGUGCAGGGAAGUACAGGCUCUGGAGACGGAGCCAGUAUCACGGACGGACAUGCUACUGAUGAGGUGCUGAGGAAAUCGUCCUGUACUCAGAACAGCCUGGACUCCUUCAGAGGCAGCUCAGACUCUUUUAUAGACAGUGACACAAGCAACGAUGGCUAUGUGGACACAGACGAGGAGGUGUCCAAUGGGAGGGUGAAUCUUCUGAACGGCUCUGGCCUCCAUACUUCACAGCUACCUCUACA